AUGCGAUAUACGUUAUCGAGGAGCUCGGUUUGCGAGAUUGCAGGCCCACUCAAGCCCAGCAAGAAGACCUCGAGCCCACCAAGCGACUCCCUCGUAAGCCAGUUAACUGCCAUCCGAGCUAUUCCGGUCGACGUAAAGACGAGCUCCAGCUCGAUCAAGGACCAGGUCGGCACUGCGAAGAAAGACGAAGUCAAAGAAGAUCUCCUUCAAAUCCGGUCUGGUCCGAGAUCACCGGGAUCGUUAGCUGCACGUGGCGAGAUACGCGGAGGUGGAUCGUAG